AAAGAGUCAAACACGUUAUACUGAGGAGAUUCUGAAGCCACCCAGGAAAGAAACUGGAGUGAGAAAGUUCAUAUAUCUAUUGAUUUGUUUGAAAGUUCAAAGAUGCACCCCGUAAUAGGUGACAGAUUCUAAGAGAGAGAAAUUUCAUACAUCAAAGACAGAUGUUAGAGAGAGAAAAUUCUUAGUAUUUCAUAUGGAAGCCACUCAAGAAAUCUCAGCUCCACUUAUUCAGCAGAGCAAUGCCUCUGGUUCGUACACGUCACCCGGCGAAUCGUCCGGCGACGAAAACUCUCCGAUCGAGCAAGUGGCGCUCACAGUUCCGGUCACCGACGAUCCGAACCUACCGGUUGUGACCUUCCGUACGUGGAUUCUCGGAACCCUAGCUUGCGUUCUGCUCUCCUUCCUGAACCAGUUCUUUUGGUACAGGAGAGAGCCGUUGACGAUCACGUCGAUCUCCGCUCAGAUCGCGGUGCUUCCUCUCGGCCACUUCAUGGCGUCGACGAUCACGGAGCGAGUGUUCUUCAAGGGGCAAAAAUGGGAAUUCACGUUGAAUCCGGGGCCGUUCUGUGUGAAGGAGCACGUGCUGAUCACGAUAUUCGCGAACUCCGGUGCGGGGAACGUUUACGCGAUUCAUGUCGUUAGCGCCGUGAAGAUAUUUUAUAAACAGAAGUUAACGUUCUUUGUGUCGUUGAUCGUCGUUAUAACGACACAGGUGUUGGGGUUCGGGUGGGCCGGGAUGUUCCGGCGGUACUUGGUGGAGCCGGCGGCUAUGUGGUGGCCUCAAAAUCUAGUUCAGGUUUCGCUGUUCAGGGCAUUACAUGAAAGAGAAAAGAGGCCUAAGGGUGGAUUAACACGAACCCAGUUCUUCCUCAUCAUCUUCAUUUGCAGCUUUACUUAUUAUGUCUUUCCAGGUUACCUCUUCCCAAAACUAACCUCCCUGUCCUGGGUAUGUUGGAUAUUCCCUGCUUCUAUCCUGGCGCAACAGCUAGGUUCAGGACUCCACGGUCUCGGGAUUGGUGCAAUUGGACUUGAUUGGUCAAGCAUAUCCUCUUACCUUGGGAGCCCACUUGCCAGCCCGUGGUUUGCUACUGUCAAUGUUGCUCUCGGAUUCAUCCUUAUGAUGUAUGUCAUUACGCCAAUUUCCUAUUGGCUCAAUAUCUACAAGGCCAGGACCUUUCCAAUAUUUUCAGAUGGCCUCUUCACAUCCAGUGGCCAAAAGUACAAUAUCUCAACAAUUUUAGACCAAAACUUCCACAUUGAUUUAGAGGCCUAUGAGCGUGAGGGCCGUCUCUAUCUCAGUACCUUAUUUGCUAUGACGUAUGCUGUUAGUUUUGCCUGCCUGACUGCCACUAUUGUUCACGUCUUCCUCUUCCAUGGAAGAGAAUUAUUGCAGCUAAGCAAGUCUGCUUUCCAAGAGAAGAAGAUGGAUAUCCACACAAAGCUUAUGAGAAAAUACAAGCAAGUUCCUGAAUGGUGGUUCACAUGUAUCUUUUUGGUGAAUAUUGCAUCAAUCAUAUUUACGAGUGAGUUCUACAACGAUCAACUUCAGCUACCAUGGUGGGGUGUCUUGCUAGCAUGCAGCCUUGCCUUCUUUUUCACACUGCCUAUUGGAGUCAUAACCGCCACAACAAAUCAGACUCCAGGCUUAAAUGUGAUCACAGAGUACAUCAUUGGGUAUAUUUAUCCAGGAUAUCCAGUUGCUAACAUGUGCUUUAAGGUGUACGGGUACAUCAGUAUGAAGCAGGGGGUCGCCUUUCUGCAAGACUUGAAACUCGGUCAUUACAUGAAAAUUCCUCCAAGAGCAAUGUUCAUGGCCCAGGUAGUUGGUACUCUAGUAUCAGCGUUGGUGCAUUUAGGAACAGCAUGGUGGCUCAUGGCCACCAUCCCAAACAUAUGUGACAGGGCCCUGCUACCUGCCAGCAGCCCUUGGACCUGCCCCGGUGACCAUGUGUUCUAUGAUGCUUCUGUCAUCUGGGGCCUGAUCGGGCCACGCAGAAUAUUUGGAGAUCUUGGCUACUACUCUGCAAUCAACUGGUCUUUUUUAAUUGGGGCUUUAGCACCUCUCCUGGUAUGGCUUGCACACAAGGCCUUCCCGAACCAGCAUUGGAUAAAACUACUUGUAAUGCCUGUGCUCUUAACUGCAACGAAUCAAAUGCCCCCGGCCACUGCUGUCAACUACACCAGCUGGAUUCUUAUUGGUUUUAUGUCUGGCUUUAUUGCUUAUAGGUAUUACCGGAACUGGUGGAUUCGUCACAACUAUGUCCUAUCAGGUGCACUUGAUGCUGGGUUAGCGUUCAUGGGUGUAUUGUUGUACUUAUGUUUGGGGAUGCAACAUGUUAAUUUCAACUGGUGGGGAAGUGAAUCGGAUGGAUGCCCAUUGGCUUCUUGCCCAACUGUGGAAGGCAUUGAGGUUGAAGGCUGCCCAGUUAUUGUGUGAAGUGAUAUUUUAAGUAUAGAAUUGUGUUAUUGUUAUUUAUUAUUAUUAUUUUUUUUGUAUGAUUAUGACUAUUCAUUGUAUAGAUCUGUCUGUAUGAUUCUUCAUUGUAGCACCUUUUUCAUUGAAAAUUCUUUUUGUAAUUUAAAGAAAACGAAGUAGGUAAUUGUUGGUAGAGGAGACAUUUAUGGGGGAUUUGUUUCUAUUGGUGAGUUGAUUCUCCUUGAA